AUGUUAUCCUCGUUCCUGGCCCUAACUCUGUCUCUGUUGUACUUGAACCACAGCUGCAAUGCGAAGAGUCUCCCAUCAAUAACAUCUAAAGAAAAUGGUUUGGUUCCACAUUCAUUGAGACUGCUCCAGAAUAGUAAAUUCGACGAAGGAAAUCUGUUAUGUCUCUCAAAAGGUUGUGUGAAAGCUGCGGCUUCCAUAAUCAACAGCAUGGAUCGAUCAGUAGAUCCAUGUGAUGAUUUCUAUCAGUUUGCGUGUGGUAGUUUUAUAAAAAACACAAUUCUCGACGAUGACAAAGUGUCAGAAAACCAAUUUACAGUGAUCAAGGAGGAAAUUUUAAAUUGGAAGCGAAUGAUCCUCACCGAACCCAUUCAACCUGAUGAACUGAGACCGUUCAAAAUGAUGAAAUUAGUGUAUAAAUCGUGUAUGGACCAAGAACACAUCGAAAAGAUAGGCUUGGAGCCGAUCAAGGAAAUGCUGAAAAGCCUUGGUGGAUGGCCAGUGCUGGAAGCUGAGAAAUGGAACGAAUCGAAGUUCACGUGGACGGACACUAUGCAAAAACUAAUCGUGCCGAAUAAGAUAGGUUAUUUGGACUACUUAAUCAAGAUUAGUGUUAUACCACAUCUGGAUAAUAGCACGAACCCUUUUAUAUAUCUGGGAAAAGCGUCCUUGGGACUGAAAUCGGAGUACCUGGUCAAGGGCAAAGAUCACGAAGUCGUGGACAAAUACUACAGGUACAUAGUGGACAUUGCGGUGCUUUUCGGCGCUGACUCGCAGAGGGCCACCAAGGAGUUGAGCGAGUCGUUAGACUUUGAGAUAGAAUUGGCUAAGAUAGAAGAGGAAUACCCCUUAGAGAUGAAUUACGUAAAGGUCCUAAAAAAACUAUAUGAUGCUUUUCCGAAUAUACCAUGGAAAGAGAACGACACCGCAGUUGCGUAUUCGCAAAAAAAAUUGGAUAAAUUGAACACCCUUCUCGACAAAACGCCCAAAAGGGUUCAAGCGAAUUACUUGAUUCAGAGAUCUGUUAUUGACUCUUUAGAUUUUCUGACUGAAGAUCUGAGAAAAAGAAAGUUGAAGUACAAGAAAGAGAUAGACCCCGAUUUUAUAGAAUAUCCCCAAUGGAAGUAUUGCACGGAUAUCAGUACUAAAUUGUUUAAUUUAGCCAUUGGGUCGUUAUACGUUAGACGGUUUUUCAAUGAAAACGCUAAACAGAAUGCUUUAGAAAUGUUGAAUGGUAUCAAGGAGGAACUAUAUAAAACAUUAUCGUCAAAUGAGUGGAUGGACGAUAGAACAAGGGAAAAAGCGAUGAACAAAGCAAAGGCAAUGACACAUAACAUUGCAUAUCCUGAUGAGCUAUUGGAUGAUAACAAGUUGAAUGCGUAUUAUGAAAAUUUGGAAGUCAACGACCAAGACUUUUAUACAUCAGCAUUGAAUUGCACUAAACUUGGCACUGACUAUGAGUUUUCGAAAUCGAAAUAUUUUAAUAGAUCGGAUUGGGUUAUUGCCGGUGGUUUCGUAACAGAUGUAAAUGCGUUAUAUCAAUAUAAUAAAAACAAUAUGAUACUUCCCGCUGGUAUCUUGAAAGGUGCGUUCUUCUCUAACGAUCGUCCUAAAUACAUGAUUUACAGUGGAAUUGGAUCUUUUAUUAGUCACGAGAUAACUCAUGGUUUUGAUAACAUUGGUAAACUAUAUGAUAUGCAUGGCAACUUUGGGAAAUGGUGGACGGAGGAGACGAAUAAACGCUUUUUGGAAAAGGAAAAAUGUUUCAUCAAUCAAUAUGGAAAUUACACUGUUCAUGAAAUCGGUCUCAAGGUGGACGGCAAACUAACGCUGGGCGAUAAUAUAGCGGACAAUGGCGUGAGUCUGGCGUACAACGCGUACAGAGUGUGGGCUGAACGACAUGGCGUAGAACCACGGCUGCCCGGGCUCCAGGAGUACACACCACAGCAGAUGUUCUGGUUGAGUUACGCCAAUAUUUUGUGCUCCAAGGAUACUCUUAAAACUCAGAAGGAUAGAAUGACAGACGUCCAUUCGCCUUACCGUUUCCGGAUCAUCGGCUCGUUUUCCAACAUGAAAUUCUUCAGCGACGAAUUCCGGUGUCCGUUGGGCUCCAAUAUGAACCCGGCCGAGAAGUGCCAGCUGUGGUGA